UCAAAACGAAUUUGCAUGGAUUUUCUCGACGGUUCACUUUUAUGGCAGCAGCAGCUAAAAUCCCGAGCAUCAGGAAUGGGUACACAUGUCAGCCAUGACUCAUUCUCGAACCUCCUCACAUAUGGCAGCACCUUUCAAACAAACGACACCGAGCCACUCUCCCUAUACUUAUCGCAACAUCAAACUUUAUUUUCCUUCUCCAUUUCCACAACCUUCUUCUUCUUCUUCUAUGCUCAAAAAAACACUUCUCCUCUACUCCUCCUAUGCUCUUUCCCGCCACCGCGUCACUAAUUUUUCAACUGCUAAAUUAACAUCAGCGUUUGGUAGCCGGCGUUUCGCUAGUUUAAUUGCUCGUCGUUUUCACACUCAGCGUGUCGUUUCCAUGGCUGAACGUCCAUCUGAAAAUAUGUCGUCCGGUUCUCAUAAGCAUACUAAUCGUCUUGCUUCUGAACAUAGUCCUUAUCUUCUUCAACACGCUCAUAAUCCUGUUGAUUGGUAUCCGUGGGGUGAAGAAGCUUUUGCUGAAGCGCGUAGACGAGACGUGCCUAUCUUCUUGUCCAUUGGAUACAGCACUUGUCAUUGGUGUCAUGUUAUGGAGGUGGAAUCCUUUGAGGAUGAAAGCGUUGCAAAAUUGUUAAAUGAUUGGUUUGUCAGUAUUAAGGUUGAUCGAGAAGAAAGACCUGAUGUCGACAAGGUUUAUAUGACAUUUGUGCAAGCGCUGUAUGGCGGUGGAGGAUGGCCGCUUAGUGUUUUCCUUUCGCCUGAUUUGAAACCUUUGAUGGGAGGGACGUACUUUCCUCCGAAAGAUAAUUAUGGAAGACCCGGAUUUAAGACAUUAUUAAGAAAGGUGAAGGAUGCUUGGGAUAAAAAGAGAGAUAUGCUGAUUAAGAGUGGAGCCUUUGCCAUUGAGCAGCUGUCUGAAGCAUUGUCAGCAAGUGCAGAUACAAACAAAUUGCCGGAUGGGAUUCCACAAAACGCUUUGCGUUUGUGUGCGGAGCAACUUUCUGAUAGCUACGAUGCCCAGUAUGGUGGGUUUGGAUCUGCCCCAAAGUUUCCUAGACCAGUUGAGGUCCAACUGAUGCUUUACCACUCAAAGAAGUUGGAGGAUACUGGGAAGUCGGGUGAGGCAAAGGAAAUACAAAAGAUGGUCUUCUUUAGCUUGCAAGGCAUGGAAAAAGGAGGCAUUCAUGAUCAUAUUGGAGGUGGUUUUCAUAGAUAUAGUGUCGAUGAACGGUGGCAUGUUCCACAUUUUGAGAAAAUGUUGUAUGAUCAAGGGCAACUUGCUAAUGUUUACUUGGACUCCUUCUCCACUACAAAUGAUACAUUCUAUUCAGUUGCCUCACGGGAUAUUCUUGAUUAUUUAAGGAGAGAUAUGAUAGGACCAAAAGGUGAGAUCUUUUCAGCAGAGGAUGCUGAUAGUACCGAGUAUGAAGGUGCUAAAAAGAAAAAGGAAGGAGCCUUUUAUGUUUGGACCACUAAAGAGAUCGAUGACAUCCUUGGAGAGCAUGCCACUCUUUUCAAGGAUCAUUAUUAUGUAAAGCCUCUGGGAAAUUGCGACCUCUCUAGAAUGAGUGAUCCACAUAAUGAAUUCAAGGGCAAAAAUGUGCUUAUUGAAUUAAAUGAUACCUCAGCACUGGCAUCAAAACAUGGUCUGCCCAUUGAAAAAUAUCUCGAUAUUUUGGGCCAGUGCAAGAAAAAGCUUUUUGAUGUAAGAUCAAGACGACCAAGGCCACAUUUGGAUGAUAAGGUGAUCGUGUCCUGGAAUGGACUUGCAAUUUCAUCUUUCGCAAGAGCCUCAAAACUACUCAAGAAAGAAGCCGAGGGCACAAAAUUUAACUUCCCGGUUGUUGGCUGUGAUCCCAAGGAGUACUUAGAAGUUGCAGAGAAGGCAGCAAGAUUUAUCAGAAGGAACCUAUAUAAUGAACAAACAUGCAGGCUUCAGCACAGCUUUAGAAAUGGUCCAUCAAAAGCACCUGGGUUCUUAGACGAUUAUGCUUUUCUAAUAUCUGGGCUGCUGGAUCUGUAUGAAUUUGGUGGUGAAAUUUACUGGCUAGUGUGGGCAACUGAACUACAAAACACCCAGGAUGAAUUAUUUCUUGAUAGAGACGGAGGAGGAUAUUUUAAUACCACAGGGGAAGACACUUCAGUUCUUCUCCGAGUAAAGGAGGAUCAUGACGGGGCAGAGCCUUCAGGAAACUCGGUUUCUGCAAUUAAUCUCAUAAAAUUGGCCUCUAUGGUAACUGGUAGCAAAUCGGACUACUAUAAACAGAACGCGGAACAUCUGCUGGCCGUUUUUGAGACAAGACUGAAAGAUAAGGCUAUGGCAGUGCCUUUGAUGUGCUGUGCAGCAGAUAUGAUCUCAACGCCAUCUCACAAGCAAGUUGUCUUAGUUGGGCAGAAGCCUUCGUCAGAGUUCGAUAGUAUGCUGGCUGCUGCUCACGCAGCAUAUGAUCCCAGCAAAACAGUGAUUCAUAUAGAUCCAACCAACAAUGAAGAAAUGGAAAUUUGGGCAGAUAAUAAUAGUAACGUUGCCCUCAUGGCAAAAAAUAAUUUUGCUGCAGAUAAAGUGGUAGCUCUCGUCUGCCAAAACUUUACAUGCAGUCCUCCAGUUACCGACCCUAAAUCUCUUGAAGCCUUGCUUUCCAAGAAACGUGCAGCUGUGUAAAGCUUUGAUUGAUACAAAACUACAGGGAGAGUUGUUAUAGAAUUAUGUAUAGUGCAACCGUACUCGAUGAACUAAUUAAAAUUAGAUGUUUAUGUUCUUUCCUUUUUACCUUAAAAAAUGUUAUGUAUAAAUGUUUGAACGAAUAAUGAAUUAUAUCAGAUGCAUCAUUUGAUCA